AUGGAGGAAGAGCAGUUGAUGGGCCGCGUCGCCGCCCUCUAUGGCGGCGACGAGGGCCUCGCGGCCAUCGGCAAGGACGUUGGCCUUGGCCACGACAUCCUCACGCCCCGGAAGAAGGUGACGGUCAUGAUCAUUGGCAACCACAGCGCGGGCAAGUCGUCGUUCAUAAACUGGUACGUGGGCGAAGACAUCCAGCGGACGGGCGUCGCGAUCGAGACGCAAGGCUUCACGUUCAUCACGAGCGGCUCGAAGCGAACGCUGGCGCCGAUCAAGGGCGACUCGACGCUGCUCCUGUACCCGCACUUGAUGCCGCUCUCCAAGGAGUACGGCAAGUCGCUCGUCGAGAACCUCACGACGCACGUGAGCACGUCGACGGCGCGCCACUUCAAGGUCGUCGACUUUUGCGAUACGCCGGGUCUCGUCGACGGCGACAUUGCGUACCCGUUUGACGUCAACGCGGCGAUCGUGAGCAUGGCCGCGUACGCCGACCUCAUCUUUGUCUUCCUCGACCCGAUGGGCCAAGCGCUCUGCAGUCGCACGAUGAACGUGGUCAAGGCGCUCAAUGCGAACGGCCAGUUUGCCGACAAGAUGAAGUACUACCUGACCAAGGCCGACACGGUCACCGACUCGAAAGAGAUGAUGAAGCUCAUGGUGCAAAUCACGCAAAACAUCAAGGCCAACAUCCAGAACCAGCACGGCCUCGAGAUCCCGUCGAUUUGGAUCCAGAAGCCGCACAUGCCGACGCCGCCCGAGCAUCUCGCGCAGCUCAACCAGAUCAACACGGUCUGCGACGUCAUUGAGCAGUCGAUCCACCAGAAAGUGCAAGACAACCUGAGCCAGGUUGAGCGCGACUGCGACCGCGUCCGCGACACGAUCCGCGCGCGCUUGCAGAACGACGAGCUGCAACGCGCGGCCAAGCGAUCGCGCCAAGUCGUGGCCACGACCUUGACCGUCUCGGCGUGGGUCGUGCCCCUCGUGACCUUUUUCCUCCUCGUCGGCGAGUACAAGACGUCGCUGCCGCGUGCAAUCCUCGAGGCCGAUGUCGUCAUGGAGUUUGUCCAGAACGUGCACGGAGCGUUCCGCCCGCUUGUGCUCGACCCGUCGGCGCCCCUCGGGCUUUUGAGCACACUCAAGCUCGUUGGGUCGUCGGUGUUUUUGUUUGUGCUGCUCAAUGCUGUCGCGCAGUUUGUCAAGGCCCGCGCCCGCAAUUUUCAGACGCAGACCCGCGAUACGGUCGCCCGUUGGACGAGCUACGACCGUGUGCUGGACGACAUUCUGGCCAAGCGCCUCGAACUCUUCCGCGAAUACGUCUCAGCGUACACGGCCGCGCAGUAAUGGCGCAAGGCGAUGCCGAUUACCUAAGCGUCGCAAGGCGAAGAUGGUAGUUCAAACCACAUCCUUCUUGACGG